AUGGCGUCCUCCACUGCUGUGCCUGUAGGAUUUCACUAUGAAACAAAGUACGUAGUUCUCAGCUACCUGGGACUUGUGUCACAAGAGAAGCCACAGGAGCAUCCCCCUGCUUCCACUCAAG